AUGCAAAUUUCUAUCCCACCCAGUGCGCUUUUGGGAUUAUUUCCUGAAGCUUGGAAGAGCAGCAGUGGUAUGGCCCAGAAAGGCCAGAAAUUGGAAAGGCCAAGAAGAAAGCUUACAUUGAUCACUUGGCGCAACGGUCGCACUGGGCACUUUUAUUGUAUUUGGAUUCGUUACUUGUUUCUGAAACGACAAUUCAACAUUUUUCAUUCCUACUGA